CAAAAGGUGUUAUCAAAGAUAAAGGUGGGACCAUCAUCACUAGGUUUGCUAGCUAAGAUGGCACUGAUGGCUAAAUAUGUAUGCAAAAGUGAGGGUAAGAGCUGGACAUAUCAGGAAGCAAAAUCGAUUAUUUCAGAGUCUGUGGAGAUGGGUCAGUCAACAGAGUUGCAAGAGCUUGAGAAGCUUGUUAAUGAACAGUCUGAGAGUUACCCACUUGGUCCUUCGAUAGGGCUGGCUUAUCUCUCAGUUCUAAAAGAUUGUGAAAAACACUGUUUUAGUGAAGGGUUGGAAGUGAAAAGGCUUGGGGGCCUUCAUGUGAUUGGGACAUCAUUGCAUGAGUCCCGGAGAAUAGAUAACCAACUCCGUGGUAGAGCAGGCAGGCAAGGGGAUCCAGGAUCAACACGGUUUAUGGUGAGGUAUGAAUUGAUUCAUGCAUUGCCAUUAACGCAAACAAAUUUGUAGCGUAUUCACAUAAAA